AUGUUCCAACAAGGGUUUCAACAAGGAUUUCAACAAGGGUUCCAACAAGUUGUUUCAUAUGUGGCCGGAACAUCAGUGCUUCGGCAGUAUGAUGUUGGGGAUCAAAUUGCUAGUGCAGGUUUAUGGAAAAUACAUUCAGGAACUAAAAAGACAACUGGUCAAAAAGUAGCUAUAUUUAUAUUUGAAAAAAAGAUUUUUGAUAAUACUUUGCUAAAGAGUUAUGAAAAAAAAGAAACGGAAAAAGUUUAUCAAGUUUUAAAGAGAGAGGCUAGUCAGCUCGCAAGACUUCGUCAUCCAUCACUACUUGAAGUUGUUGAGGCAGUAGAAGAAUCAAGAACUGUAAUUACAUUUGCAACAGAACCUAUUUUAGCAUCUCUUGCUAAUUUACUUGGAAAUACUGAAAAUUUAUCAAUGGUUCCUGAUGAUAUCAAAAACUUUGAACUGGAUGAGUUAGAGAUUCAGAAAGGCUUAUUGCAAGUUGGCAAAGGCCUUCAAUUUUGUCAUAAUGAUGCAAAAAUUGUUCACUCAAAUCUCGUUCCAGAAGCCAUAUUUGUAAAUAUUAAGGGCGAUUGGAAAAUUGGAGGUUUCGGAUUUAGUACUUUUCUCAACAAUCCGGAUGUACGACCGGACUAUGAAUAUCCUGAUUAUGAUUCACGGAUACCAUGUUAUGCUCAAAAAAAUUAUGAUUAUAUGGCUCCAGAGUUUGUGUUAGAUGAAUCACUUGAAUUUGCAAAUGAUAUGUUUGCUCUUGGUUGUUUAAUAUACACAGUACAUAGUCAUGGAAGACCUCCAAUGGAAAAUCGCAAUAGUAUACAUAAUUAUCGCAAGAAUAUUGAAAGGUUAUCAUCGACUAAAAUGACUGCUGCUGAGUUCCAGACAAGCAAAUAUUUUGAUAAUGUUCUUGUUUCCACUGUCAAAUUUUUUGAAAGUUUUCCCGAAAAGACCAAGGAUGACAAAAUUAGUUUUAUGAAAGGGCUAGUUCGAAUAUUACCCCAGUUUCCUGAAAGAGUUUUGUUACGCAAGAUUUUACCAUGCCUUCUUCAAGAAAUUAAGGAUCAUAGUCUUUUACCCUAUACUCUUCCUAAUAUUUUCUUUAUCUCUCAAAAAUUGUCAUCUACUGAUUUUUGUGAGAAAGUCCUUCGUCCCUUAAAGCCGAUUUUUGUUGUUUCCGAGCCCGUGCAAAACUUAAUCACAUGUCUAGAUCAGAUGGAAUUGUUUAAACAAAAAACAUCAUCUUCAGUUUUCAAGGAUGAUGUAAUGCCUUUAAUUUAUAAUGCUUUGGAGGCAAAGUCACCUGUAAUACAAGAAAAAGUCCUUAGAGUUAUACCAACGAUAGUAGAUUCGCUAGACAUUCUUACUAUUAAAUCAUCUCUGUUUCCUAGAAUACAGAAUUUAUUUGUUCAUACAACAAUAUUGGCCGUCAAAGUUACAACAUUAAUUUGUUUACAUUCACUAGUUAAAUCACUAGACAGUUUCACUUUAACUGAAAAGUUGAUGCCAUUGUUAAGAGGUAUCAAGACAAAAGAGCCAUCUGUAAUGAUUACAACACUUGCUGUAUAUGAUGAAAUGGGAAAGCAUGUUGAAAAGGAUGUUAUUGCUACAGAGAUUUUACCACAGUUAUGGAAAAUGUCUGUAGUACCUACCCUUAAUAUGGACCAAAAAUUUAUGAAGGCGAUAAAAUUAUUGUCAACGAGGGUAGAAGAAGAACAUUCUAAACAGCUUAGAGACAUUAAGAAUAUCGAAGAACAUACUAAAAAAUAUAUCGAAGGAGGAAAUGUUGGAUCUUCAAUUGAUUUUGAGAAACUGGUUGGAGCUACGAGUGGAGUGACUAAUAGCACUAAUGGUGUUGUCAAUGGACAAAGCAAGGUGCAAAUGGAAAUGCAUCCAAAUUCAUUUACUUUAGAAACCAUUAAUUUGGCAUCCUCAAAUAAUUCAAUGGCACCAUUAAAUGGAAGUAUACAACCAGACAUUUUCUCUUCAACUAUACCAACAACUUCAACAGUACAUUCUCAAUCUCGAAAUUCAAUGAAUUCAAUGAAUUCCUUGAAUUCUUUGAAUUCCUUUCCAAGUCCAAUAAACAACAUUCAACCUUCAAGCAAUUUUAAUUCGUUAUCUCAACAACCAGUGAACGGCAAUCUAUCAUCUCUUAACCACGCUCAGCAACUUUCUAACCAAAACACACAUUCGUUCAAUAAUAAUAUUCCAUCACUUCCUCCACCUAAAACUGGCACAACACAACGUCCUAAUACACCGACAAUGCCAACGCGCACUUCUAAUAUUACGUCAGACUUAUUUAAUACUAUUCCAGGACCAAAAUUUAGUUCUGGAGGUAUACUUCAACCUGGAGGUAUACUUCAACCUAAUGUUAUGAAGCCAACUAAUAAUAAUUCAGGAAAUCAAAAGAUAUCUCAGGCGGAUUUAACAAUGUUUGAUCCAUUUUCUAAGUCAUGA